AACAUUCCAAUAGAAACUCAUUCCAGAGUUCUGAAAUCAACCAUUAUCAUAAUCAUAAUUUCCUAUCAUAUUAGGAAUGUGAAACCAGGUUGAGACAAUUGUCUCAAGUAUAGAUAAACGCUUCAGAUUUUGGAUGACAACCGGCAUUGUUACGUCAGAUUACUAUGUUCAACAAAUUUUCAGUUUGCCUAAUUUUCUAAUUGGCAUAAUCAAAAACAUAACCUUCCGACUGGCCGCUGUUCUGCAGUGGAACUGUGAUGAGCUUUAUACAGUAAUACACUGCAUCUCCUCAAUUUUCUUAUGGAACUCAACAAUCCAUUUUAUAAAUAGUAUGGUUUUCAACACAGUUAACGUUUAACGGCGAUAUUUUUUAUCACCAAGCGUGGUCAUGGAAACGUUGCGAACAUGAUCUUUCUUCCAUAUGAGCAAUGACAUGUUCUAUAUCCGAUGAGUCAACUGGUACCCACUUGGAGAAAUUCUAUAUAGACACUAAUCCGCUUCUCGUUAGUUCAUGUCUGUAGUUAGAAAUGAACGCGAGCAAUGGUCUCGUCGGCAAAGUGGUUGUUCCUAGCCCUAUGCGCAAGUUUCGUAGCACCUCAUCGAUCAUCAAAUUCCCUGGAAGUCGUCUGCUAUGUCAAUCUGCAAUCAGAUAUGUUUGACUCAAUUCUCGGACAGUUACCAAACUGCAGCUACAUCAUCGUUACCAACGAUGCGUACUAUUUUAACCCUGAAAUUUUUCUCGGUGCGAAAAAAAUCACCAAUAUUCGUGGUGUAGCAGCGCAUGCUGAGAUCUUGCUGUCAAUCCCGUUCGCCUCCGAGGAUCUCAACAUGCUGCGCACACAAGCUGGUUGUGAACGGUUGAUUCAACAGAUCGGGGUUAAUCUUCCUCUGGGUCUAUACGACGGGGUCGAAUUGGAUUUUGACCCAACUAAAUUGGAGGUGUUUGAUCAAAUAAAUUUCGCUAGAUUUUUAAAAAUGUUGGCGGUUCAUUUAAGCUCAUCUGCGGUGAUCUCAACUAAGAUCGACUGCAAGCUACCGAUUGCUAGCCCAUUAGUUCAUGCAAUAAACGAAUACCUGGACUUUAUAGUAUUAUUGUCGAUGAAUGAAGUCUUUCGCAGUAUCGGAAACGAUGAAUCCUUUAGUGUCCGAAAAUAUUCCGACUCGUCAAUAAAUUGUGCUAUAGAUGCUGGCUUUCGAACGGAUAAAAUUAUUCUCGGAGUGCAAACUGCAGGCAUUGUAGUUAGCACUCAAGCAACUGAGGUGGACAUUUUUAGGCGUAAACACUCAGAUAUUGGAUUUAUACCUUACGGACAUGUUUGCAAAUUGUACGAUCAGCAGAAACGGUUUUGUACCUGGAACGGUCGAGCGAAACUAGUUUAUGAUACACCGGGAACUGCUAGUGAACGUGCCCUACAGAGCAUCAAGCGAGGACUGAAAGGUGUAUCGAUCCUGCUAAACUACGACGAUCAAACUGGAUCUUGCAGUGGUGCAAAAUUUCCAUUGCUCAAAGCAGUUCUGAGUACUUUCGAUGGGCCAACGACUAUUUCUGGCUUCGGAGGCUACGUUCAAGACGAGUCGACUGGGGUUAAAAGCGACGAACGAGUUGGUGAGAUCUGUCCACCUGAAUCGAAGCGCUGUCAAAGUUCCUCAAUAAAUCUGUGUAAUCAAGUCGACAAGAGUACAGUCAGAACAGAUGUAGAACAAACAGCUCGUUUAGAGGCUGCCAUCGAAAAUACAAAAAUGGUUUCGUUAAUGGUACAAAAAAUAGCUGAUACGCUACUGAGUACUAUGCGGAACACUGUUAAAUUAAUAGUAUCCUUGGUGAGCUACCAUGAUGCUCACAAAGGAACGUUACCGGAAUUGGAUUCGAACGAAUCCGUAGGCUUAGAAGAUAUCUUAGGUAUUUUGGAAGCUACGGAAAAUGGAACGAGGACUAAAUCGAAUGAGGAUACCCUGGAAAAGGGUCUAAUAGAAGUCAGUGACCCUGUUAUUGAAGAUACACAGGAAAGUGUCGAGAAGGAAAUAGAAAGUGUCGCUUCGAUCGGCAAAGGAGAACUAAAUAAAGUGCUAGAAGUUGUAGACUCCAAUGACGAAAGCACCAGGAAUAUGAUUGAAUCAACAACGCCUGACAAAGAAAUGGAUGAUGCAGAGGAACUCGUCGAAAAAAUACUUGAAAAUGUGGGCGUUAUUGGAGGAGAAGAACCGAACGAGGAAAACGAGACGUUUGAAGUUAAUAAACAAAUUGAUGAUAUUGCAAAUACAGAACUGACCAUAUUGGACGGUAUAAGAGAUGAAAUUGGAAGUGAUUAUCAUGAUAUUGACAAUGGGGGAUUAGAAGAUAUAGAAGUGAGUGGAUCUGAUGUUGGAGACAUCGUCAAUGAGCCAAUUAUAGAAUCCGCUGUUCCCAUUCUAUUUGGCAUAUAAUAUGAAUCUACCUGAAAAUUCAAAAUCAAUUAUAGCAACAACUGCAAUUCACUCAUAUAAUCGUAAUUAUAAUAAUAUUUUAUAAAC